CAUUCUGUGUUGUGUCUGACGGUCUGUUUCGAUGCGAUUCCGUGAGUGACUGACUGACUGACCUGAAGCGGAGCGUUGUUCUGCCAUGCUCCAGCAGAGGCCCCCCAUGUGCCAACCUGCACCAGAGAAGUUGCUGAUUCUGGGGGUGAGACUGAGGAGCACCUCCCCUACUCCACAUCGAGACAUGGUUUAGCCCAACCUGUCCUGCAGUCAACAUGAUGGCCUCUGUGGUUGCUAACGGAAACAGGAAGAAGUCACUGUCCCUGAAAGGGGUGGAUCCAGAAACCUGCAUGAUCGUCUUCAGAAACCACUGGGCACAGGUGGUGAAGAUCUUGGAGAAACAUGAUCCAGUCCAUAGCGGUGGCUGCCUUCGUCUCGGCCCUAUCCCAGGCGACGAGGCCAGCGCGGUACAGAACUACGUAGAACACAUGCUGUUCCUGCUGAUGGAGGAGGAAAGCGGAGCGAUGGGGACCAUCCUAGAGUUCGUUGUCGGAGAAGGCGUGAUGGAGAGGCUGUUCCUCUGGAGUCUGAGACGACACUUCACUGAUGAUAUGAAACUGGAACAAUUGAGGAUGUACCAGAUGUUACUAUCUCAGGCCAGACAGCCUCUACUGCACCACAAACCUGUUCUACGACCCUUAAUGAUGUUGUUGUCCUCCUGUGCUGGAGCUGGGAACGGAGGAAGAGGAGGAGGGUCAGUGGAAGCAGAGUUGGUCCUCCUGCUCAACCAGCUGUGUUGCGCGCUGGCUAAGGACCCCUCAGUGUUAGAGUUAUUCUUCCACACCAGUGAGGACCAGGGGGCAGCCAACUUCCUGCUCUUCUCCCUGCUGAUCCCCUUCACCCAUCAGGAAGGCAACGUAGGACAGCAGGCCCGGGAAGCUCUGCUGCUCAUCAUGCAGCUGUCGACCUUCAACCCCAGAGUCGCUACACACAUCACAGACAACACGUACUUCUGUCCUGUUCUGGCUACAGGUCUGAGUGGUUUGUAUUCCUCUCUACCUGCGAAGCUACAGGUGUAUAGUGAAGACUGGCACUGUCUGGAGAGAGCUGACUGGAUACAGGUUCCGGCUUUGGUCCAGUUCCUAAACUCUCUGCAGUUCUGCUGCUCUGUCAUUAAGGCUGGCCAUCCCUCCAUCAGAGGUCAGUUGCUGAGAUAUAUCUACAACGGCUUCCUGGUUCCUGUACUGGCGCCAGCUCUGCACAAGUGUACACUAGAAGAGGUGAUGACCACUACAGCGUACCUGGACCUCUUCCUCCGCUCGGUGUCAGAGCCCAACCUCCUCCAGACCUUCCUCUCCUUCAUACUGCUACACACACACGACAACGUCCAGCUUCUAGACACACUGGUGUCCAGAGUUAACACCCCCUUCCAGUUAGGUACAGUGUCUCUGGCUCUGUUCCGAACGCUCAUUGGUCUGUUCUGUGAAGACGUCAUGCUUCAGCUCAUACUCAGGUAUCUGAUCCCGUGUACACACCUGUGUGUGAGAGAACGUCGCUCUCUGAAGGACAGAGAGGUCUUCUCUUCAUCAGCUGUUAAAUUCCUCUUCCUCACUCCCUCCUGGUGCCCCCUGCGCCUCGGAGCCGCACACACUCAUACCCAACACACCCACUGGGCCACGGGGACAGACGCUCCCAUGUCAGAGAGUGACAGUGUUGGUUACUCCACGAUGUACAGGACAGACCUUCUGAUGAAUGCUAAUUAUCUCCAAUACCUCUGGGAUGCUCGAGUUGGGAUCGCCGCAUCGCUCCAGGCCUGUCUGGUCUGGUCUGGUCCCUACGACGGGGAGAACCCUGCACCUCGGGAGGAGGAAGACGGGGAAGGAGAGAGAGAGGAGGAGGAAGACGGGGAAGGAGAGAGAGAGCAAGAGAAAACGGAUCAAACUUUUACCUGGACUUCAUCUCCCAGCCCUCCCCUCCCUUCCCCCCCUGUAACCAUGGGAAACCAACACAGAGGGGGAGACAGAGGGGACGGGGGAGGGAGGGGGAGUGUGGUAGAUUUGGAGUGGGAUGAUAGUUACGAGUGGGAUGAUAGCGCCCCCCCUGUACAUAUCGAAACCCCUCAGCAUAUCCAGGAAAUGAGACGUUCGGCCGUAAUGUUGAUCCAAGGCUCCUACGUAGAAGAGUCCGACUUUCAGGACGACGUAUUGGUCUAUAACCUCGUAGCGCGGAGAGACGCCGCUCGUAGCCACGCGGCGGAAUACAAACCGAGCCGCAGGACCGCUCCACAGACCAGGAAACCGCUUGUCGGGAGCACAACCUCAACCGCACCUGUUCACAGACAUGGAACAGGUCGACGAGAGGAAGAGGGGGUGAGAGAGGAAGAGGGGGUGAGAGAGGAAGAGGGGGUGAGAGAGGAAGAGAGGGUGAUCAACGAGGAGGUCGAUGACCUGACCACAGCAGAACGUCAGGAGAGAACCACCUCAGAGAAUCACACACGCCUUGUCCCUGGAGUCGAGGAGAAACAGCAGACCGAUGCCUCGGCGGCGGGUGACAACUUCCUGUCCCAGUAUCGGGAGCUCAUGCGCUCGCUGGGGGCGGAGCCUGAUGACGUCACCGAUGACAUCGCAGAGUUCAGGAAGCGCGUGUUGGCUCUGGCCCAGGGAGAGGAGGAGGAGGAGGAGGAGGAGUUGGACUUUAGUGUGUUCUCUACAGACUCACCGGAACCGAACGAUGCCGAUCUGGAACCGGAGAACAGUCCAGAACUGACGAGGAACAGCCAAGACAGAAAACAUGGGAUUCCCUUCACUGGCCCGUUCAUUAGUGUUCUGCUGUCUCGGUUGGAGAACCUGUUUGAGAACCCUAUUCCAGUCAACCUGCUGGUUACAGGCAUCCUGUCUCAGCUCGCCAAAUACCCCCAGCCUCUCCUGCGAGCUUUCCUGCUGAACACGCACGCUGACCCACAGCCCAACGUACGCACACUAUACCAGAGCUCCUCCAGGACAGCCAUAGUGAUAACAGGAAGAGUGUUCUACCCAAUGGAACACAGCAGAUAA